AUGUCAUCGAAUGAUGAGGGCACAGUCAGAAAACACACUAGUUCACCGUCGGACUACAACAGUACGAAGGACUUCACAAUAUCAAUUUCAUCAGUAACGGGACACAAAUGGGAACAGAGUGUAACAUUACGCGAAACUGUUGAUAGUUUAAAGGUAAAAAUUUGGCAUCGCACAGGGCUCUUCCCGUAUCAUCAAGGUCUAAUUUUCGAUGAUUUAUCGUUAUCGGAAUUGUGUGGGCAGACACUACUUUACGAGCUUGGCAUCCGAAAUAAGUCACUCGUGCGUCUAGUAGUUAUCACACGAUCGGGACCUCUGGCAUUAGCACUUCCUGAAAAAAUCGCAGUAGUUCCAUGUUCUGUACAAACUGAACAGAAUAAAGGGGAUUGUUGGGAAGGAUUGCGUUUCUUUGAUGAACAGAAUUUAGAUGAAAAUCGUCGAACCCUAUUCCGAAUGUGUGAGCUUCGACGGCAGAUGAAACAGAAUGCUUCAGCGAAACCGAUUGAGAGGCAAGUAUUUUCGGCUCCAGAAGAUACGAGUGCUAAAGAAAGUUCUGCUGGUGAUACGGAAUGUGAUGACGAUAAAAGCUGUUCUUGCAGCGGUAUCAGCUCUUCCAAGGUUUCCGAAGCUGUAACAUUGUCUGGGACAAAACAUGGUGAUAGAAGGAUUCGUCCGAACCCUAGCAAAGAAGAGGCACCAAGUCUUUGCCAUAGCGAAUCAGUAAAUAGUUCUAUUCGUGACCGACUGCUUCUGAUGAUGCAACCGCGUGCCGUUUCGCCUUCAACAGACUUGAAUACUCAUUCUGAGGAUGGCUCCGAGUUUUCCUCUGGAAUGGUGGUUUGUGAUCUCAGCAAUGAAUUCAGAAGAUUACGUGUACGCCGUAAACAUCAUGGAAUGGGUAACGGAUCAGCAACUAUUCAAAGAACUCGAGCCAGAAGCAAAUCAAGAAUACCGCUUGGAGCUCUGUCUCAUCACCACAGAGGCUCAGAUGUGACUUCGAGCGAUGAUGAACUUCCACGUCGACGUAUAACCGAAGCGAACUUUUCAUGUUCUGCAUUUCGUCGUCCUUCAGCUAUUUCACGAGCACAGAAAGUUCUUAUUGGGUACCAGUCACAACAACGUUGCAGUGUAUGUGCUGUCAAAUUGAGCAGCUUUUCAGUUGCGUUUCAGUGCAGAUGUGGGAAAACUCUGUGCGCUCGACAUCGAUCUGCUGGAAUGCACACAUGCACUCGUGUUCGUAAACUGCAAGAUGUCAGCGACUAA